AUGAAUUUUAUCGAUUAUAACAGGGAGUACGGGCCACUUCCCCAGUUUAGCAACCUUUCCCUUUUAAAACUGACGAUUGGUUUAUUAAAUAUUGAUAUUCUGCCUACCCUUCUUGAGAGCUGUCCGAAUCUAAAAUCACUCGUCUUGUCGCUGGAUUUUGAUCCUUCGAAGGAGAAACCGGGAAUGAGACUCUCAUCCGUACCUCGGUGUUUGGUGUCAUCACUCGAGUCUGUAGAGAUAAAACGUUUCAACGGAGGGACUGCUAAGAUGGAAGUCGCAAGGUAUUUUGUAGAAAACUCAGUUAUCCUCAAGAAACUUGUUCUGCGUGUUGGGUUCUCUAGUAUACAACAAGGAUACUUCAUGCUGAGGGAUCUCCUUGCAUUGCCCAGGCGAUCUAACACAUGUCAGAUCUUAGCUUGUUGAAGGCUAGAAAGGGUCUAUGAUCCGACGAGACUGAGAGUUGCAUUUCCAGUUGGCUAUUUUGGAUUCUAUUAGGAUGUGUGUCUUUGUGAGCUUUUUGGUCAUUAGUUCUGGAUGAUGUUCGAGAAAUCUAUAACUGUUAAAGGUUUUUUUUUUUGCUGGUCUUCUCUUAAGCCAUGUCUGCAUCAGCAGCAAGUUUAACAUCCGAUGGCAUAAAAUUGCCACUUCAAUUGAUUAUAAGUUUUCUCCGUAACUUUAAAAAUUUGGAACAGUAAGCUUCAUACGGUUCAGUGGAAAACAGUUGGUUU